CUAAAAAUCGACAUUCCGCCCUGAUAUCGCGAGGAUUUCCGUUCCGUCCUCAAUCGCGCCUCUCCACCCACCGGCGUUGCAUAAGCUCACCGGCUCCCUCACCGAGGCUAGCGUAACCAUUUCUGUCUCCUCCACGCCUCAGCAGCCACCUGCUCUAGCUGCCGGAUCUUGGCCACUUACCGGCGGGUCACGUGUCUCAAUGGCCGUCUACCACACAAAUUGAACUUUUGAUGGAGGUUGCAGGGGUUUCCAGAUCAGGGCAGGCUGCGGCUUCUGUGGUUAAGAAGAGAAGGAGUUCUUCAGUAAGAAGACCUCGGCAAGGUUCACCGUUGCAUUUUGGGAGUCGGGAUCCAUCCUCACUUUCUUCUACACCUUCUUCCGAUAAUACAAACAAGUUUUCUCCUGAUGACAGUUCAGGAUAUGAUGGCAGCUCGCGUAGGAAAGAAAUUUAUCUCAACUACCCCCCUCCUAAGGUUGCUUCUCUCAGUAAAUUUGAUUAUUCCACUCCAUCGAAGAAGAGAAAGAAAGAUAAUAAAGCUCAGCGAGAAUAUGACACACAUUAUGUGAGCAGCAGUUUAAGAGAUCAUGGACGGAAUGGAUCAGAUGUGAGGCGAAGUAGCGAAGGUGUACUUGCUCCCAGUAACUGGAAGAGCUCAAGCAAAUUUAAGGAGAACUCUGAAAUGCGGUCUCUAUCUCCUGAACGGUAUGGACUUAACUUGCAUCAGUCAGCUGGAUCUGCUAGCACCUCUGUUGAGACCAAGCUGAAGAAGGUGAAGCUCAAGGUUGGUGGAGUUACUCGCACAAUUCCUGCGAAAUCUAACAUUGAAUCUGGAAACAUUGGAUCUUCUUCCAUAAAGUAUUCACGGUCUUCUGAUGCCUUUCAACAUCGAUCUAAGAUUAUUUCUCAGGAUAAUUCUGAUGUUUGGAAGGAUGGUGGUGGAGGAAAUUCUUGCAGAGGUAAAUUUACGGAAGGCGAUUUAUCUGGAAUUCAAAGUGAUCAAAACCAAGGUGUAUUAUCUGAACCCGUUCGGAAGAGCAGGAGGGUGCCGAAGAAGCGGGUCUUGGAUGGUGAAUUUGAUGACGGCGAGGAAGACGAAGAGCUUCGUUACAUUGAAAGGCUCAAAACCUCUAGAGGUUCUGCUGAUUGCAGUAUGGAAAAUGAGAGGGAUGGGGAGGAUGGGACCAAAAAAAGGAAGCUUUCCAAGGUAAGUAAAGUUAGGAGUGCUUCAUAUAUGGAGGAUGAGGACUACAAUUUUUCAAGAAUGAACAAAGAUGGAAGGAAAAGGCCCAGGUCAGGUAGGUUUUCUGAGGAUAGUGACUAUGUUGAAGAAGAUGAACCUAUUUCUGAUGAUAAUCCUGAGGAGAAAAGGAAGAAGCAGAAAAAAGCACCCGUUGAUUCAUCUCCGGAAGUACGAAUGGAACCUCUUACAACACGACAACGAGCUCUGCAUCCAGGUAAGGAUGGAAGUGGCUCAAGCCUGAUUGAGUUUCCUGAUGGGCUACCUCCAGCACCUCCAAGAAAACAAAAGCAGAAGCUAUCUGAGGUAGAGGAGCAGGCUAAGAAGGCAGAAGCAGCUCAGAGACGGAAAAUGCAAGUGGAGAAGGCUGCUAGGGAAUCAGAGGCGGCAGCAAUUAGGAAAAUACUUGGAUUGGAUUCUGACAAGAAGAAAGCCGAAAAGGAGAAGGCUCAAGCUGAAAAAGCCAAAGCUGCUAGUUCUCAAAUAUCAGAGGGUAAUAGCAUUAGAUGGAUCAUGGGACCUACUGGAACAGUUGUUACAUUCCCGGAUGCUGUUGGCCUGCCAAGCAUAUUUGAUUCCAAGCCAUGCAGUUAUCCACCACCAAGGGAGAAAUGUGCAGGGCCAUCUUGUGCAAAUCCAUACAAGUACCGGGAUUCGAAAUCAAAUCUUCCUCUGUGCAGUCUGCAGUGUUACAAAGCUGUCCAAGGAACUGCCAAUCACAUUACAUCAUGUUGACAAUAUUUUUUUUGGAUAAAUAACACCUAUUGUUUAGAUGGGUACACUAAAUUUAUUUAUACAAGGCUGAGAUUCUGUGUUAGUUGGUUUUGAAUACUUAAUGAUUGAAAUCUGAAAUUAUAUUUUUGUACAAUUUC